AUGUUAAAAGUGUUAGGUACAGUUUUUUUGUUGAUGAGUAUCAUUGUACCAGAUAAGUUCAUAGUACCCGUGCAAAGUCAACAAGGUGGUCGUGAUAGAUGGCCCUGGAGAAAAAUUGUGCGUGUUCAAAAUGAUUUAGGUAAUGGUGUUACUCUCUAUGUCCACUGUCGUUCAAAGGAUGAUGAUCUUGGUGAACAUUAUCUUUCCAAUGGACAGUACCAAGAAUGGUCAUUUGGUAUUAGUUGGAUUGGCUCUACUCUUUUUUGGUGCAACGUUGGAUGGAACGAUGUGAAACAUAGUUUUGAGGCUUAUAAUAAUGGCAGAGAUUAUUUAUUGUGUGGAUCACAAUGUUGGCGAAGUAUUAAACCAGAUGGAGCAUACUUUUACCUUGAGAGGAAAGGACAUAGAUGGGUGAAGCAAUAUGAAUGGUGA